GUCUGAGUUCACGAAAACAAAACAGUAACAGCGAUAGCGAAACUUCACAACUUCAUCUUGUUGGAUGUUGGAUCACGUCUGCAGGUUUCGGCUUCAGGGCGGUCCGCGACGAACAGACUUUUGAGUUAAAAUGGUGCCCAGAGUUCGCGCUAGGUCUUUUGCAUUCCAAGACUCGGUCCCGGCUAGCCCUCUACGUACCAUCGCCGCAUAAACACUUGCUAGUAAACCUUUUAUGAUGAACGGAGAGAUACCAAGUGUUCCAAUCACAACCCUGGCCGGCAUUUCAAGUUUGACAGAUUUGUUACCUGAAAUGCCUCUGCCAACUCCGCUGCCGCAAACUAUGAGCAAUAAAUCGUUGCUGUUUCAUCCCCGCGUUGCAGAGGAGGCCCAGAUUUUGCUCAGUGUCCAUGAUGAAAACUUGGUACCUCAGCUCAUUCACAGUCUGGUUGAAACGUCUGCUGAACACAUUGAGCUGAAGGACCAUUUCGCAAGCACAGACCACCCAAUUGAACACCAGCAAAACAUCCCUGAGUUGUUGAAAGCCAUUUUACUGAGGAAUCCGAACACUUUUAAAGGCCAACAAGCCCAAAAUGCCCAAGAUAAAGCCUCCUGUCUGAAAAUGCAGCCAAGUCAGCAGAUGAAAGCACACCACACCAACAACUUUGGUCAGCAGGCGGCUUUUGGGGCCAUGGACUCGGUUUUCGCUAACUUGAUGCCACACAACCAACCAAGCAAGAUGGUUAACAAUAUUGGUACCCUACCACCACUUGAGCAGUGCUCUUUCUCAAGCAGUAAUUUUGGUCUCCUUAAUGAGGCCCUGCCUUCAUUGUUAUUGCAACACGGUUCUUCGUCUCACCCAUCUCAGCAGAACCUUCUCAAAGGUCUGCAUGACGAAGAGCAAGUAGUUAAUGGAAGCAACAUAGGUCCCCACAGCAGCUUCUCACCAAAUCGCUCCUUGCAGAAUUGUAUUGAUUCCCCACGUCCUGUCAAGCAAGUGCCAAAUGUUAUAUCAGCCAAUGCUCCAGGAUCUGCAAGGAAUCCGUCUGUUUUUAAAAUCAAGGAGCCCAGAGUUAUGCUUAACAGGUUGAAACCAGAGGAUGAGGCUCUGAUGCAGAAAAGCCUGAAGGAGUUUGCACAAAAUAAGCCGGACCUAGCUAAUAAGUUGGGUAUUACCAUCAGUGUCAAUAACUCUAAGAAGCCAACACCAGGAAGGUCAAAGUACAAAGAAAUUUCUUCCUCGUCCGGGUCUGAAGAUGAGACAAAAACAAACUCAAAAUUCUUUAAGAGCAAGGGCCGUGAAAAAGAGGCACUGAGGAAGAGGGAGAGGCAAGAAAAACGAAGUAGACAGCAUGAUGAUGAUUAUGAUCUGCCCGACUUUGAAUCUCCCUCUAGAGGGAGGAAGUUAAACUCAGUUGAUGAAUCCCCAAGGAAAAAAAUCCGUAGAAUUGAACGAAAGCUGGUUCCUGUGAUUCAAAAACUUUCCACUGAUGAGCUGAUGGAGAGCAACACCUAUCAGCGCUUUAGCCAAUGUGUUGACUUGAUUUUCGACAACACUGAGGAUUUGGAUUUGAAUGCUGAUUGUGAUGAAGAUGCUGAUGUUCCAAGUGAGGCUCUUAUUCCGAAGUACCAGUUGCAAGACUUAUACAGUGAGGCUGCUAAAUUGAAAGUAGUGGGGGCCACUCAGUCCAUUCCUUGUGAAAGACUAGUGAGGCUCCUUAACAUCUUGGAAAAGAACAUAAGAGAUGGUUCCAAAGUUUCCCCCCUUGCGGAUCCAGAUGAUGAUGAGGAGGAAACUAAGUUGUGGCAUGACAUAGCUAUGGAAAGAGUGCUAAGGGGUGUUGACUCAUCCCUCUCCGUAUUAUACAUUCUGACUUCAGCCAACAUGCCCAAGAGGGUGUACUUAGAAGAUGUGAUAGACAGAGUUGUUCUCUUCACUAAGUAUCAACUGUCUAAUACCAUAUUUCCAUCGUUUGAUCCUGUCUACAGAAUAACCUCUAAUAAAGCAUUUUGCCCCAAGAAGAAGAAAGUACACAAUAAAGAAGUGCGCGAAAAAAGCAUUUUGCUUUUGUACAAUAAGCUUAAUGAAGUCGUUGGUUUGCUGUCUGAGCUGUUGUCAAUCCAAGUUCUCACAGACACUGCUGUUUUAAAUGUGUCCUCUCUCAGUGUAUCUCCAUUCUUUGUCGAAAGUGUCUCUGAACUGCAGCUGUCGUCUUUAAAAUUAGUCACAACCAUUUUUACCCGUUACGAAAAACACCGGAGGUUGUUGUUAGAUGACAUUCUUGCAUCAAUUGCAAGACUGCCAAGCAACAAGCGCUCUCUCCGUUCGUACCGCCUCAAAAAUCAAGACUGCAUUCAGAUGCUGACUGCUCUGGUCCUGCAGUUGAUACAGUGUGUGGUUGUACUACCUGACCGCUUGCACAAGCCGUCUGGUGAUGUAACUUCUCUUAUUGCUCAGAACAAUGAAACUGAUGGUUUAUUGAAUGAAAGCAUCACAGCGGUUGAUCGAGAUGUUUUUGUGCGAACUAGGCACGACCUGGCUAUUCAGUUGGCAGGCACCUUCUUGACUGUAUUUUUGAACAAAUGUGGCAACAAGAAUGAAGAAAUUGACUACCGGCCCCUGUUUGAGAAUUUUGUUCAAGAUCUACUGACCACUGUCAACAAACCUGAGUGGCCUGCUGCUGAGCUACUGCUCAGUCUCCUUGGCAACAUAUUAGUUAAGAAUUUUAUGAACAAAGGAAUAGAAAUCGCCCUUAGGGUUGCCUCACUUGACUAUCUGGGCGUUGUUGCUGCUAGGCUGAGGAAGGAUGCUGUCUCGUCUAACCUGAAGGUAGACACUAUCAACAAACUGAUAAACGAGAUUAAAGAGGAGGAGAGAAAGGAUUCUGAUGACUCUGGCUCCAAACAUGACUUGAAGAGCAAGAAGUGUGAUAACAUAUCAUCAAUGCAAGAAGAAGAGGAGCGGUGUCAGUAUCUACAGAAGGUCCUUUUAGACUUCUUAGCAGUUAGUGGACAAGGCGAUCAAAGUUACAACUACGCUAGGCAUUUCUACAUAGUUCUAUGGUUCAAAGGCGCAGGGGACGAGAUUAGUAGACACUUUGAUAUAGCUCUAAAGAAUAAUAGAAAAGUCAAGAAAAAGAAGUCAAAGAAACAUAAAGCAGAGUCUGAAGAUGAUGAUCUUGAUGAAGAUUCUGAUCAGAAAGAGGAGCAAGAAAACGCUGAGGUGACUUACUUGGUAGAAGAAAGAAAAGGCUUUCUCAUGUCCAAAGUGAAACCCUUUGAAGACCAUGGAAGUGGCAAGACGCAGAUUUUGCAAACUUAUAUCGAUUAUGAGAGCGCAGAGCUCAUUUGUAGAUACCUAGCCUCGAAGCGGCCAUUUUCUUUUAGUUUUGAUGUUUAUCUUAUGCAGAUUCUCAAGGUCCUUAAUGAAAAUUCAAUUGCAAUCCGUACGAAAGCAAUGAAGUGCCUCACUAUGAUAGUCGAAGCAGACCCAGCCAUACUGGGCCGAACUAAUAUGCAGCUGGGUGUGCAACACUCUUUUUUAGACCAUUCAACAUCUGUAAGAGAAGCAGCAGUGGAUUUGGUUGGCAAGUUUGUUCUUAGUUGCCCCAAACUUAUAGACAAAUACUAUGAAAUGUUGUCACAGCGAAUAUUGGAUACUGGUGUGAGUGUGAGAAAGAGGGUGAUAAAAAUCAUGAAAGACAUAUGCAUUGAAUGCCCAGAGUUCCCCAAAAUACCUGAAAUUUGUAUAAAAAUGAUAAGGAGAGUCAACGACGAAGAAGGAAUUCGAAAACUGGUCAUGGAGGUUUUCCAGAACAUGUGGUUUACCCCAGUCAAAGAAAAGCCACAUUUGGAUAAUGCUGCUUUGCUUAGGAAAGUACUUAAUAUCACAGAAGUCGUUUACCUGUGCAAAGACACUGGGUUAGACUGGUUUGAGCAGUUGCUUCAAAGUUUAUUUAAGCCAAAAGAGGACAAGGAAGAUUCGGCCAAGGUGCAGAUGCAGCCACCAGCGCCAUUGCUGACAGCUUGCCGGCAAAUAGUGCAGUGCCUGAUUGAGAACGUUUUGCGGCUAGAGGAGACGACCUUUGAGUCCAUGUCAGAAACGAUGACACCAAAAGAGGCCUUGUCUCAAAGACUGGUAGCGUGUCUCACCACUCUGUACCUGCUGGCCAAAAUUCGGCCUCAACUGCUAAUAGACCAUGCCACAACUCUGCAGCCUUACUUGAGCCUCAAGUGCAAAAGUCCGAGUGAUUUCCAGAUAAUCAGUUGUGUAGCAAGGACACUUGAAUUAGUGGUGCCCCUGAUUGAACACCCAAGUGAGUCGUUUAUGGCCCAGCUGGAAGAGGACUCUGUCAAACUGAUCCUACAGCAUGAAAAGUCUGUGGUUGCGAGCUGUUUGUCUUGUCUUGGUUCUGUGGUCAACAGUGUCACUAAAAAUUUCAAGCUGAUUAGAGACUGCUUCAAAAACUACUAUGGCACAAUUUCGUCAUACAAGCAACUUCACUUAAAGGAUAGGAAUGAUCCUCGACUGGCUCAGCAUAAGGCUUACUUCAAGAGGGCUCUGUUCACAGUCGGCCUACUCAUGAGGCAUUUUGACUUCACCAUUCCUGAGGUCAACGAAGGCUUGCCGACGGACAUCAAGGAUCAAGUAUUCCAGUCGUUCUUUUACUUCCUGCAGAACGGCAACUUUGACGUGCAGUACUUCACUCUUCAGGCCAUCGGCUCCAUGUGCAUUAGGCACUAUGACUACAUGCUUAUGUCUGAGCUGAAAAGAAUGUAUCACCUGCUGCUGACUGAUAAAGAUGCACACAUCGCCAUGCGGAUCCAGGUUCUUGGCAACAUAGAGACCUAUCUGCAGGAGGAGGAGAUGCGCAUGAUCAAACAGGACCAAGAAUGGGCCAAAAUGUCAAAAAAAGAAAACCUGAAGGAAAUGGGUGACGUAAGCUCUGGAAUGGCCAGCACCGUGAUUCAGAUUUAUCUGAAGGAUGUACUUGACGCGUUUCUGCACCCAAAUGUCACAGUCAGAAAAGCCGCCCUCAGAGUCAUACAGCUAAUUUUGCAGCAAGGCCUAGUCCAUCCUGUUCAGAUUGUGCCAUACUUGAUCUGCAUGAGCACGGACCUUGAGCAGUGCGUGAGCCACAGCGCUGACAAGCAGCUGCAAGAGAUCGAGAAGAAGUACCCUGGUUUUAUUCACAUGAAGACGCUGGAUGGCAUUUGGCUUUCAUUCCGUCUGCAGGAGAUUAUCCAGAAUGAUGAGAUUGUGCGUGGUUUCCGGACUAAAGAAAAGGAAUUGCCUACAGCUCUGAAUGGCUUCCUCUACUCUAUUCUGCGCAACACUAAGCAGCAACGGCGAGCUGUAUCCCUGUCUAUUCUCAAGCAGUUUGAUGAGCAAGCGAAAACUAGUCUCUCUCAAAUGCUCUACUUGGCCGACAACCUGGCUUACUGCCCCUACCAAGUCAUUGAUGAGCCACUUUUUAUCAUUCACCACAUUGAUAUAGUACUCUCACUUGUUGGCACCAACCUAUUGCAGUCAUUUCGAGAGUCUCUGAACUUGUCAAAACCGGCGGGUGAAUUGGGUCCAGAUGAAGAGCAUGUUAUCGACGAAGACGAUGAGGAUGAUGUUGAAGAGUUGAUUAAGCGAAUCUCAGAGGACACUAAACCACUUCUAGACUGUAUAACAGCCUCGCAAGGCUGCAUGUUGCUGCUAGUCCUGAAGCAACACCUGAAAGACCUAUAUGGCAUAAGCGAUUCGAAAUUGACGCAGUAUGCACCAACAGAAUCAGGAAAAAUAUAUGAAAAGUCUUUGACAAGGAAAACAAACUCAAUUUUCGAUCCAAAGGCAACCCUCCAAAAGUUAAAAGAAGGUACCCUUCCUGGUUUGUUGACCAACGAGGACAAGAGAGAAGUAAUCAACCAAUACUUAAGUUUUAAACAACUUAUGCUCAGUUUUGAUGGCAAGGACGGUGAAGAAGAAGAUGAAGAUGAAGGUUCAAAAGUUACCAAAGUAUAUGCAAUCUCUAAAGCUGCUCCUGAUGAGUCUGCCUGCGCCUCAGCACAAGGCCCUGAUGGACAGCAAGCCCAGUUCCCGAAAAUUCCCAAACUCACAAUCGUUCCAGUGAAGAUGCCAAAUGAGGGCACUGGCAAGUCAUACAAAUCUCAUCACAAAGUCCACAAGGUGGAGAAGCAUCGAAAGCAUAAGCACAAAAAGAAGAAGCGUGUAGUUAGCAAUGAGGACGAGGACGACGAAGACGAAUAUAGUGAUCCUGAUUUUCUAGGUUAAUAAAUUAAUAUGUACCCAUCCUCUGCAGUAAAACAGAAGAUGGGGUGUUCCUGUGGACUUAUUUAAAGGUUUAAAUUCAUUCUGUUCUCCUGCGUGAAAAGUAUCAAUUGUUUUGAUAUAUAAAAGAUAAUUGUGUAAAAAAAAUUAAAGCAUAUAUAUAUAUAUAUUUAUUAAAGAAGGUGUAGGAUUAACUGCACAACAAAACUGA